UAUUAAGUGCUCCUCCUGGUGUCAGAGUUUCUUUGCCUUCAAUAAUAUCAACAUGCAGGGUGGUGAUGAUGAUGAUGCAGUGGAGAAGAAAAUGAGGGUUUGUUUGGUUUGGGAAGAUUUGACGGUGGUGGCUCGCCAAGAUCAUAGCGGUGGUUCAAAAAGGAAACUCUUAAAUGGCUUAAAUGGUUAUGCAGAAUCUAACAGGAUGAUGGCAGUUGUUGGUCCUUCAGGAUCUGGGAAAUCCACUUUAAUUGGUGCACUUGCAGGAAUACUUCCCACCAAUGUUAGCAUGACUGGAAAUGUCCUGCUCAAUGGGUCCGAGAGAAGAAGAGGCUGCAGAGACAUUUCAUACAUUACUCAAGAAGAUUAUUUCUUGGGCACUCUAACAGUGAGGGAAACCCUCACAUAUGCUGCACAUUUAAGGCUUCCUUCAAACAUGACUAAAAAUGAGAUUGACGAGGUGGUAACCAAGACAUUGGAUGAAAUGGGACUGGAAGAUAAUGCAAAUACCAGACUUGGGAAUUGGCACAUGAGAGGCAUAAGCAAUGGAGAGAAAAGAAGGCUUAGCAUAGGCAUUGAAAUCUUAACACAACCUCAAAUCAUGUUUCUUGAUGAACCCACAAGUGGGUUGGACAGUGCAUCUUCUUUCUAUGUGAUCUCAUCUCUGAGAAGCAUAGCCCAUGAUGGAAGAAUAGUUAUCUGCUCUAUUCACCAGCCAUGUAGUGAAGUUUUCAACCUUUUUGAUGAUCUGGUCAUCCUUGCAGGAGGUGAAACAGUGUAUUUUGGAGAAAGAACUAUGGCUUUAAAGUUCUUUGCUGAUGCAGGGUUCCCUUGUCCAACAAGAAAAAAUCCUCCAGAGCACUUCCUUCGUUGUGUUAGUCCUGAGUUUGAUAGUGUUGUUGCAACCUUAAUAGACUCCAGAAAUGGAAAUGAAGCUUCACCCUCAGGCAAUUCUCUAAUGAGUAUGACAACAGAGGAGAUUAAAUUGAAACUCAUACUGAAGUACAGGUUUUCCGUGUACUCAGAUAAAGCAAAGAAAAAAAUCAGAGAAAUCAAACUAAGAGAAGAACCUUUUAUUGGGAGGACAUAUGAUACCAGUAGUCUGAAGCAGCUAUGCACACUGACAAAUAGAUCACUCUUAAACAUGAGCAGAGACAUUGGUUACUACUGGUUAAGAAUGUUGUUCUUUAUCUUGCUCUCAGUGAGUGCUGGUUUUAUUUGCUUAAAUAUAGGAACAAGCUAUGAAGCAAUCUUGUCAAGAGGCAAGUUUGAUGGAUUCAUUUAUGGCUUCAUGAUCUUCCUCUGUGUUGGAGGCUUACCCUUUUACCUAGAGGAAAUAAAGGUCUUCAAGCGCGAAAGGUUUGGGAGGCAUUAUGGGGAGGCUGUCUAUGUGCUGUCACAUUUCCUCUCAUCAUUACCUUUUGUCAUUGCAAUUUCCCUCUCUUCAGGAGCAACACUUUACAACAUGGUGAAAUUUCAUCCAGGCUUCUCUCAUUACUGCUAUUUUAGCAUAAACCUACUUUUCAGCAUUUCUGUGGCAGAAGGGUGCAUGCUAUCUAUUGCAGCAUUUGUGUCCAACCAAUUGUUAGCCCUUGGAGCUGCAACUGGUGUAACUGUAUUCAUGAUGAUGCCAUCUAACUUAUUCAGAAGUCUAACAGACAUUCCAAAAUUCUUCUGGCGCUACCCCAUGUCCUACAUCAGCUACAUUGCAUGGUCAAUACAGGGCCAAUUCAAGAAUGACCUGAUUGGACUUGAAUUUGAACCAUUGGUGCCAGGGGAUUCUAAGAUAAAGGGUGAAGUGAUACUAAGUGACAUGUUUGGAAUUGAACCAAAUUAUUCAAAAUGGUGGGAUUUAGCAGUGCUGGCUUGCUUAUUAGUAUUUUAUAGAUUGCUAUUUUUCUUGGUUCUUAAGUACAAGGAGAGAGCUUCAUCACUAUUACAAACCAAAAAGAGUUUGAUGGGCAUUUUACUCAAGAGACCUUCAUUGAAGGACACAUAUAUUUCUUCUAAGCGACACCGUUCCAUGUAUCCUUUGUCAGAACAAGAGGGGCUUUCCUCACCAAUGGCCUAAUUUUUGUUUUUGUUUUCUUCUUCUUAAGUUUUGCUUUGUCUCAUAUACCUUAGUGAUAAAAAAAUGUAGUAUUAGAUUUGUACUUAUUGGACACAGCAAUAUAGUGUCCUUAUUUGUGCACAGUUUGCAGUUUGCACUGCAAACUGUUUAUAGUAAAUGUUAACUCAAUAGUCAUUUUGAUA